UUCAUUAUCGGUUUGAGUUCACGCGAAUACACAACAUUCUAUACAAAGGUAUUCAAUCAUUCGCGACCUAUAAUUUGCUCUCUCGUAUGAGCUUUCGUUUUUGCAUGAAAAGUGCUUUCCAUCACAUUGUUUCGAUAACAAUAGAUUCGCGAUUAUGGAUUGCCGAUCAGUGCUACUCUUCUGCCUAGCGGUUUUUCUGGCAAUACUCGUCACAAACACAGAAGGACGAACCAAAAAAGUGGUCAUCCACGUACCGUAUAAAGUGAAAAAGAUCAAGCACACGCACACAGUUUACAAAACUGUGCACCACCACCACACACAUCACGACCAUUUGGAUCAUCUGGAACAUUUGGAUCACUUUGAACACUUGGAUCACUUGCCCCCGGCGGACGAGCACGAACAUUUCCAUCACAUGCAUCUCCUUGAUGAUGCGCCGAUCAAAUCUCACACACAACCUGUCCCCGCUAUCGAUAUCCCGGAGUUUUUGCCCGACGGCCCACUAAACUUGCCCCUGGAGCUUAAUAACAUACCCCGGGAUAUACCGGGAAUACCGAAACGUUUGGCCAUACCUUUGUUCAGACGUGACGACAAGACUUUGGCGUAUUUUGUUACUUCGGAUCACCCCGUGAAACAUAUUUCAAACCCCACUCUCGCUAGUUUGUUCCAAUGAACUUCCCACCAAAUUUUACAUUUCAUUGUACUAAUAUAAUUAAUAAAAAAAUCAAAAGGAUAAGCCAAAUAGAGUAGGUGUUUACAAAAUUUGAGUAUGUGGAUUAAAUUUCGAGCAUAGUUUUAUAGUUUUUUGAUUUAAAUAAAAAAAAAAAAAUCAAAAAUCAUUUAUUUCAAGUAGGCUCAGUUUACAAGCACUUUUGACACGUCUGUUGACUAUUUGUAAAGAUUCUACCACCGGUUCGGAAGGCAGGCAAAAAAAAAGCUCUCUAAGAAUUUUAAUACUUUAGUCUAUUAUUAGUUAGGUUGACGUAGCCUACCGAUGAAUAGGUACCGCCAGCUGAAUAAAAAAGUCUUAUCUUUAUCACCAACAGCCGAUGACGUAGGCCUCUUGCAUGGACUUCCAACCAAAACAGUCUCAAGCUGCCUGCUCUCCAUCCAUCGGCUCCAUGCAACCCGCUUGAUGUACUCGGUCCACCUAGGUGGAGAGACGAAUAACACUGUGCUUUCCGGUGCGGGGUCAUUGCCACUUCAGCUUCGCGACUCGCUGAGCUAUGCCAGAGACUUUGGUUCUUCUGCGGAUCUAGUAAUAUCUGAUUCGAUUUCGUAGAGAAGCUCCAAACAUAACUCGUUCUGACGCCCGCUAAAUGACUGAGUCUUCUUCAAAAAUGUACUUAAACUAAUACACACAUAAUCCAGACCCAUAGUAUGCGUAGCUUGUGUUAUGGGUAUUAAGGUAACCAUAGAAAGUCAUAUACCAUCAUAAGUUAGUUAAUAGCUAUCAGAUAAAAUCCUAGUAUAUAAAUACUAUAAAUUCCUAAAUUGACCCAGCCAGCAAUACUUGCUUUAGAAAAUCGUUAAAAGAUUCUCAACCUAGUUAUGUUUGAUGAUACUUUUUAUGUUAUGCAUACUCAAACUUUGUAAAACUUUAUUAAAUUAAAGUAAGUAAUUCCAUAUAUAAGUGUACAAAAUAAGACAGUAAUUUAUAAGAAAAUAUAUUAUUUAUUAUCUCACAUUAAGAAAAUACUUUAUUUUAUUAUAUGGCGCUUUGUUUUAGCGUUUUCUGAUUUAAAGGGUUCCGUACCGAAAUGGUAAAACAAAAUAAUAUUAAACAGAGUAAAAUACAUAUUAUUUAAGGUGGCAUCAAACGAAUUGUAUUUGCUCAGACAACAAGUAGACGUCUAAAACAUUCGCAAAAUAUAGAAUUAAAUUAUACACUUUAAAAACAAAUAAUAAUAUUAAAAUAAUAUUAAUAAUUAAAUUGGUCUCCCGUGUAAAAACGUGAUAAUUUGCCGUUUUUAUAGAUAAUGUACGGAACCCACCGUGUGCGAGUCUUAGUAGCACUUAGCCGGUUUUUAUAGUUAAUUUUUGUUUUGCUACCUAUAUGUGUACUUUCUAAUGGCGUGUUAAAUUAAUAUUUAAGUUGGUGAUUAUUUAAAGCAAUAAAGCUUAGAGCUAAAUCAUAAGUGAAAAUUGUAUUAUUAAAUAUUUAUUAAAAAAUUAAUUAUUACAUGAAAACGCACAGUAAAUGUACGUUUUUGUUUUAUGUUAAAUAUAAAAUGAAAAUAAAUAAUUAUGAAUAUAA